AUGGAUAACAGCAAGCCAGUGAAGACGCCUCAAGAUCCCGGCCUGAAGCUAACCAAGAACAUGUGUGAACAAGAAUGCAAGCACGAAGACACCAUGUGCAACGUGCCAUAUCGAAGUGCUGUCGGAGGCAUCAUGUAUCUCAUGGUCGCCACACGUCCGGAUCUAGCUGCUGCAGUGGGAUCAUUAUCCCAGUUCUCGUCCGACCCAUGCCCGACUCACUGGCAAGCUUUGAAGCGUGUGCUGAGAUACCUGCAAGCAACGCCCAAUCAUGGUCUUGAGUUUACACGUGAAGAAGGAAGCCGUAUCUGCGGGUACACCGACGCAGACUGGGCCGGCGACAUUGAGUCAAGACGAAGUACAAGCGGCUAUGUGUUCAUGAUGAGCGGAGGAUGCAUCAGCUGGAAAAGCCAGAAACAACGGACGGUCGCGCUAUCUUCAACAGAAGCAGAAUACAUGGCGCUUUCCGAAGCAACCAAAGAAGCAGUAUGGCUCAAAGUGCUUUUGGGGGAACUUGGUGAGAUGACAAGCGACGAAGCGAUCAAGAUGUAUGAAGACAACCAAGGAUCAAUCGCUCUCGCCAAGAACCCGGAGUUCCAUAAGAGAACAAAACACAUCGACAUACGCUACCAUUUUGUGCGUGAGAAGGUGGAAUCAGGUGAAGUCGUUUUGGAGUAUUGCCCGACUCAAGAUAUGCUGGCAGACAUGAUGACCAAGCCGAUCGCCGCUGUACAAUUUGAAAACAUUCGCGAUCGACUUGGGAUCCCAAGGUGCCGCAGCUAA